AUGCGCCAGACAGAGGGAGCUCUUGAAUUGACAACCGGGAUGCCACGCUCAGUUUUUGUUAUAUCUGAGUUGGAGACAGGAAAUAAGGCCCGUGUAGCUGCUCAAAAUGUAAUUAAAAUUUUGAGUAACAGACAGCUUCUUGAUGAUACCAUACCCAGGAUAAAGUUUCCGGUCAAGCAAGGUACCGGGCCUAUGACAAAUUACCACGAUCUAAUCGACAAGUUCAUUCGAUAUUUUGAUUGCGAGUACCGGGCUCUGGUUACCCGAGUUCUUGGGACCGUUGCCACUGAACUUGAGAAGUGCCCGCCAGUUCUUGGGCAUAAAAUUAUGAUACAACUUCCUAGCAUCAAAGAGACGGAUUUAUUUCCCUCAGAUUCACUGCAUUUAGUUAAGUGGAGCCUGGAUGGAUUUGUGUAUUGUCCGGAGCUUUCGCAGUGGCAUAAUAUCAAAUGUAGAUUUGAUCAAGAGUCUCAAGCAAAAAACACCGAAGCUCAGAGGCUAUGUGAAGUUGUGAAAUCUGCUUUACAGCGCGAAGAAGGCCUUUUACUUCUUUUUGACAAGGCACUGGCGGCAUUUAUUGAAAGUCCUGAGCUUUCUGACCUACCGACUAUGAAUCCCAAUAUUUACCCGAUCAGGAACCUCAAAGAAAUGAUUAUGGUUGAUGGGUUCUUUAACCUUCCGUCGUCAAAAUUAAAAGGGUCUUGCUUGUUCAAGCAUACAGAACGAAGAGAGCUCGCGGCGAAGUUAGCCCUCUUCCUUUUGAUGUCUUGCGACUCCGAAAAGGCAUCAGCUAUGGACUCUUGGAAUGGUAACCAUGUCACGUUCUUUAGCUCAUCAGAUUCUCAAAAGGGUUGCAACCGUGAAUCACCCUAUAUUUCAUGUCUACUAGGCCAAGCUCCCUCAACCUCGCAGUCAUUUAUUCCAAACAACUAUGAUACCCCUAGAAGAUACACGGAAAUCGCGAGACUAUUGAUGGAAAUCGAAUACGGUCCGAUAUUCGAUAAUGACGAGCACUUCAGCGCAAAGAAUAACUUCGGGUUGGAAACUAUCAAAGAAUCCCUGAAAAUGCAUCGGGAAUAUGAUGAUCCGACCAAAUCGAAUUACCUCGAUGCCAUCGGAAAUUGUCUCCGCUUCGGCAACCUUUUCCGAUAUGAGUAUCGCUCCGAAGCAAUUAGAAGUACUGAAAGGCCCGCAGAUACGUGUAGAAGAAUAAUCAGAACUGAAAUUGUUCUAAAACUCUUACUGGACCUUCCAGCUUUCAAGAAGCCGCUGCCAAAGCGAGCACGACCCUCUAACAAUGAGCAAUUCCCUAACAGCCAAGAGAAGCUAUUAGACAUAGUCGACGACGGUGAUACCCAAAUACCGAACCAACACCAGGCCAGUUCCUUUUCAAACAUUGGUCAUGGUUUGAUAAAUCCGGUAGUUCGAGGAAGAGUUGACAGGGGGACAUCCUUUGGGUUAUCUUCAGCGAACAGCUGUCAAGAUUCGAGAUCCAAAACACUCUCGAGCCGCCCGUCUAUGAUCCCCCGUAGGUCCCAAGGUUCCAAAACUAACCAGGGGAAAAAGAAGGUGUCUUUCGGGGAAGCCUCCAAAAAGAAUAUUGGAAGCUUGUUCGAUUCACAGGAAAGUAUUGAGGCCCCAGCAACGGCUGAGUCGGCUAAAUUAUGGUUUCAAAAACUGAACGAUCUAGUUGUUGAUCCGAUAUUAAGCGUCAGAAGGCGACAAGCUGACAGACUAGUUAAAGUAGCUGUUCUAGACACGGGAAUCGAUAUUGCACACCCUAUGAUCACAAAGGCUAUGGGGGAAAAUGGAUCCAAGAUUACGAAAUUCCAAGACUGGACCCAAUCUCCAUACAGUAUAAGCGAUCGUGUUGGACAUGGCACUGCGGUUUCCGAGAUUUUGUUAAGAGUUGCAAAAGUAGAUUUAUAUGUGGGAAAAGUGUCCGAUGCUGCUGAAUUUGACGAUAAGACCCCGGGAAUAGUUGCACAGGCCAUUGAGUACGCUACAUCCUCCGGCGGGUGGGAUGUCGACAUUGUUGUGCUAUCGCUUGGUUUCGAAAGUGAAGACAAUGGCAUCCGCCGGGCCAUUUUAAACGCCCAUAUUAGGAACAAAAUAAUCUUCGCCGCAGCGUCUAAUUCCGCUUCUCUCGUUCCUGAACUGAGAGUAUCAUUCCCGGCAAGGAUGUGUGGUCAAGUCAUUAGCAUUCGGUCCGCUAGCGGACAGUCUGUCAGAUCAAAUGCCUCGCCAAUUGCUUCGGAUGGCGAUGAUAACUUUAUGACAUUAGGAGAAGGGAUUGAAGCAGCAUGGCCAUCGGAUCUCAACGAUGGAAAUCCCACUCGAUACGUUUCAGGGACUUCUUUUGCAACACCUGUAGCCGCCGGUAUUGCGGCCCUUAUUCUAGAAUUCUCGGUACAACAAGGGAAAGUGAAAGGGGAUUCGAAUCUAGAAGCGGCUGAUAGAGCUAUUCUGUGGUCCCAUCGUGGUGUUAGAAAGAUUUUCCAAGUUAUGUCCACGAUUGUCAACAGAGACAACAAACCGGACUGCAGGAUGGUUUAUCCAUGGGGGCUUUUCGAUAACAAGAGAAAAUACCCAGGUCACGCUAUGGAGAUCAACCGAUGGUUACAAAGUAUCUAG